UUAAAAGCCUCUGCUGUCAAAAUCGAAAGCAGUCGUUUGUCGUUUCAGUUGUGCGCGUUUUUCAGUUACAAAAAAUUUAACAUAUUGGUGAAAAACAUACGUUAGUUUUAGCUAUUUUGUGCGUUUUAACAAAGUACCAAGCGAUGGCCACCGCCGAACGUAUGUACACGAUGGAUGACCUUCCGCAGCUGAUUGAUGGCGUCAGCUCGGAGAACGUCGUGGGAGUUACGCAGUACAUUGUGAAUAUGAUGUCCCACCCGGCCUAUGGCAGCAGUUACCAAUGGACGAAGGACGACUUCGAGCUCGGAUGUGCCCUGGGACGGGGAAAAUUCGGUCGUGUUUAUCUGGCCCGUGAGAAACACACGAAAUUCAUGGUGGCAAUGAAAGUUAUGUUCAAAUCCGAGCUUACCAAGGGCCGUGUCGAGAAGCAACUGCUACGUGAAAUAGAGAUUCAGUCACGCUUGAAACACCCUCACAUUCUUCGGUUGUACACCUGGUUCCAUGAUGAACGCCGCAUAUACUUGGCACUGGAAUUGGCUUCUCAGGGUGAACUGUACAAGCAUCUGAAAGCAGCACCGAACGGGCGAUUCAAUGAACAGCGGUCAGCUAAAUACACCUAUCAGGUUGCAGACGCAUUGAACUAUUGUCAUGCCAACAAUGUCAUCCAUCGUGAUCUAAAACCGGAAAACAUUCUACUAACGGACGACGAUAACGUGAAACUGGCCGAUUUCGGCUGGUCUGCGCACACGAAUUCGAAUCGGAGGAAAACCAUGUGCGGAACCUUGGAUUAUUUGCCGCCAGAGAUGGUGGAUGGCAAAAUAUAUGAUGAUUCCGUAGAUCAGUGGUGCUUAGGAAUUUUGUGUUACGAGUUUUUGGUUGGUUAUCCACCAUUCGAGUCGGAAACAACGGAGGCCACGUAUGACAAGAUUCGGCGUUUGGAAGUUGACUAUCCUCGGUUCAUGACUUCAGGUGCUAAAGAUCUGAUCUCUAAACUACUCAAAAAGCCAAGCAGUUCCCGAAUUACACUUGUUGAUGUUAUGAAGCACUACUGGAUCAAGGAAAAUAUGGGAAAGUAGUUAGGUGAUUUUUGCUCAUUCAUUUUGUACUCUUAUUAAUAUAUGUAAUGCAGUUUAUAUUUUCGAAAAUAAAUGUAACAAUUUUAA